AUGUUUGUGCUACUUUAUCUUACCAUAGAACGAUGGAAUUACUACAAAAAUGUAGCAAUCCUUCCACAGUACCUGGAAAGGAAUGGGAAGAAUACGUGCAGAUCCGUGGCUUGGUUGAGAAAAUUCGUAAAAAGCAGAAAGGCAGAAGAACUUUUUUUGUGGAUCCCCAGAAAAAUGCUGAUGACUGUUGAAUCUGCCAAAAAUUCUGUGUUGGGUCCAGUUUAUACCCAGGACCGGAUUCUACAAGCCAUGGGAAAUAUUACCCUUGCGUUUCACCUGCUUUGUGAACGUUUGAAUCCCAAUUCCUUCUGGUUACCCUACAUUAAGACACUACCUAUGGAGUAUCAUACCCCUUUGUAUUUUGAAGAGGAAGAAGUGCACUACCUCCAGUCAACGCAAGCCAUCCAUGAUGUUUUCAGUCAGUAUAAAAACACCGCUCGCCAGUACGCUUACUUCUAUAAACUUAUCCAGACCCAUCCAAAUGCUAGCAAAUUGCCCUUGAAGGAAUCUUUCACCUUUGAUGACUACAGAUGGGCCGUCUCUUCUGUCAUGACACGCCAGAAUCAAAUUCCAACUGAAGAUGGCUCCCGGGUCACUUUGGCUCUUAUACCUCUGUGGGAUAUGUGUAAUCACACCAAUGGCUUGAUUACAACUGGUUACAAUCUGGAGGAUGAUCGGUGUGAAUGUGUCGCUUUACAGGAUUAUAAAGCCAAAGAUCAGAUUUAUAUUUUCUAUGGAACUCGUUCCAAUGCUGAGUUUGUGAUACAUAAUGGAUUUUUCUUCGAUAACAAUUCGCACGACAGAGUGAAAAUAAAGCUGGGAGUGAGUAAAAGUGACCGCCUUUAUGCUAUGAAAGCAGAAGUUUUAGCUCGUGCUGGCAUACCAACUGUCGACAGACUUUUCCACCACCCAACUGAAAGUAGAUGCAUGGAACCUAGAAGGAAGAGUGAGCAGCAAAAGUUUCAAGGAAGAAAAGAAGCAACCUUGAAAAGGUCCAGUGUAUUUGCCUUGCACUGCAGUGAACCUCCUAUCUCAGCCCAGCUGUUGGCGUUUCUCCGUGUCUUCUGCAUGAGUGAAGAUGAAUUGAAAGAACAUCUUGUGGGAGAACAUGCAAUCGAUAAGAUCUUUACCUUGGGAAACUCUGAUUUCCCUGUAAGCUGGGAUAAUGAAAUCAAACUGUGGACCUUCCUUGAAACCAGAGGUGCACUCCUCUUAAAAACAUAUAAAACUACUACUGAGGAUGAUAGGUCACUGCUCGAAAAGCCAGAACUGUCCUACCACACCAAGAUGGCCGUCCAACUCCGCACAGCAGAGAAGGAGAUCUUGGAAAAGGCAGUGCAAAGUGCUGCUACAAAAAGAGAGCACUUUACAGAACUCCAAGACAAAGGUGCACCACUUCCCAAAUAUGAGGAAAGUAACAUCGCCAUGCUAGAGAACACUGCAACAGACUCCAAAAUUCCGAUGGUGCUGAGAAAUUUAAACAUUGAUGAUGAAGGAGAGCAGGAUUUGAAUUUAACGGAAGCCCUGGGGAAGGCAAUUGUAGAAGGGGGAGGCAUCGUGAAUGGAGAGAGCACUUUUCCCAUUGGUACCAAUCCCAAAGAUCAUGAAAACCCUGAACAAGAAGACAAUACCAAAGAGACUGGAGGUACCAUAAAGACUAUAUCAGAAAAGAAUGAGCACAUUAAAACAGUAGAAAUUGGAGAACAAUCAUGAAAUCUUUAGGUGAAGUGGAAAUGGGAACUCUGAACAUUUCUAUAGCUGAAAGUGCAGCACAUUUGAUCAUGUCCUUUUAAGGUGAGAUGAGUUGUAGCUGAAGUGGUCUUGUCAAGGGAGCUUACUUUCUUUUAAAAUUUCAGUUUGUUUAAAAGAAGUGGUCUUCAAAUAGCUUCCGGCUUAAAUUUGCCUACUCCCAUUGUUGGAUUUGAAAACGGGAGGACUGUCAACUAGUUUAAAUGAAAUUUUCAGCAUCAGAAUUCAGUCAAUUAAAACUUUUUUUUAGCUCUACAGAAUGAAAUCUAACAGUGAAACAGUGGUGUAAAGUAAUUCUUUUUGAUUUAAUAACAUGUGUAUGCUGUUUGGUACACAAGUUUUAAAAAAAAAUUGUGCUUUUCAACACAAUAUUCAUUUUGUUUCUACACAUAAAGAAUUUCCACAGGAGUGCAGACUCAUAUGCACUCAAACGCAUCCACAGUGACCACAAACCAGUUGCCCCUUGUUGACUAUUAUAAUCAGGUGGUUACUAUUUCUAGUUUUUGUUUUUUAUUGGUGCAAAGAAUAUCAAGUGGUGAGUGAGUAACCAACUGGUAUGUCAUAGACUGAAUGUCAUGGUUCCAUAUGUCUGCUCUAGACACGUUGUAAGCAUUAUAUGUAACCACAAGAUGGGGGUUGAUAUAGAAUUCUGAAGUAUGACUUCCAGUGAGGCUCAACUUUCUGACUGGGCAAACUGAAGUGCCAAGCCUUUUACAACCACAGCAUAGAAAUUCAUAAAUCCUUAGAAGUUCCAGAGUCUUUGAUGUUGAUUGGUUCAUACAUUUGGCACCAGUGUCAUCUGCAAACAGUUAAGGAAAUCUAGACUAAUAUUUUCUGUUUGAGCCUGUGAUAAUUUAAACUGGUGUGGUCCUUAGUUCCCAUGAGAAUGUUAGUGCUAUUUGUUUGGAUCCCUCAACCAAAGGCAUAUACCAUCUGCAAAAGACUGUGGGCAGAUGGCUACCAGAACUGGGCUUUCUUCUACUUAUAAACAUGGAAUUCUGUUAGUGCUAAGGUUUAAUGACCUUCAUAAGCUGAUGAUCCAACAUAAUCAUAAUGCAAAGGACUAUAUCCCUUUUUGUCCCCUCCACAUCUCUCUGCCCAAGUGAUUGAUGACAUAACCUCUAUCGUAAUCAAAGUCAUCCAUAUUCUUUCUUUUAGACUAAAGUUGUCACUCUGAUUAUAUAUUGGUUGAACCUAUCCUAUUUUGCUGGGUUAAAAUGAAUUAAUAGUACAGUGAUUAUAAUGAGGAAAUAAAUUUGUUCUCUUUCAAGUACUGAGUAAACAGCAUGGUUUAAAUUAAAGCGUAGGUACAAUUCAAUACCAACUCCUGCGAUAGAUGUUAAGACUUGCACCCAUAAGCAUUUGACAAUUUGCUAAUUCCACCCUCUUCCCCAGUGCCCCUUCCCACCCAUCCCCAAAUUUCGACCUAACCCCUAAUAACUGAAAAUUGCCUUCAUAUGGUGCUGGGCACAACUUGAUUUGGACGUUUUUACAACGCAUCUACUUCAGCUCUGAAUCUGAAGUUCAGAUUUAAUUAAUGUUAUGAUUGAACUGUAUUAGAGUAUUGUGUGCUGAGAUGUUGCCUUGACUGAGUGUCAUCCAGCUAAUGUCCACUGUUUAAAAUUCAAAUUUGUUCAAUUUAAGUUAUCGGAUAAUUUAGUAAUUUUCCUAACACUAGUUUUCCAACUGGAUUUGUUUUUUUAAAAUUAUUACCUAACUUCUUUAAGUGCAAGAAUAAAUGUAUAUGAAUGGAGUAAAUUUGGAAAUCUGUUUUCGAAAAAGAAACAGAAAACAGAGUGAAAAUUCUUAGUUCAAACCAAUCCCAUAUAAACAGGCAGUAAUAGAUGUGAUGAUUUGGUGCAAUUAACUUUGCAUCUUUUUUGGACACAAAUGUAAUAAUUACACCUUAAAUUAUGAGUUUGAAAUUUAUUUAUAUUAUUGUGAUUAAUAUAGUAUGCAGAACUUAUGCUGAUCUCUGUAUUGAGAAUUAGGAGAACAAUAUUUGAGACAAUGGAGCACCCAUUGUAAUGAAAAGGGCUAACUACUUUGUCCAUAUUCUAGUCUGUUUAUAAUUUGCACAACUUAUCCUAUUUGAAAGAAUACAUGUGAGUUUUGUAAAUUUAGCAGUUUAUGUACUAUCCGCUUUAAUAAUUUACCCACCAUAUUAUCUGUUUUAAUACUUUGAAAACUGAACAGCAAAUUUUUAUUUUGAACGAUUGUCUUUUCUUAGUUUUUGAUUUGUAAGAGAAGUCUUCUUUAACAUCUUCUCUUACAUCUGAAAACCAACUCACUAAUUAGAUCAUUGAUACUUUGUCCUCCAAAGUGUGGACAGAGCAUGAAGCACUGUACGUUUUAUAUGUUUCUUUAAAGAAAAUGUAAUUAUCGCACUGUUUAUGUAAAUUUUAGACCAGAUGCUCUACAACCUUGAAUACAUUAAAGAGGAUCGAUGAAUGUAAAACUUUGAAGAAAAGGCCACUGUUCUUAGUGAAAUGAUGUUAUUUUCCCCUAGAAACUUUAGGUUGCAUUUCCCUUGAACACAGUUACUUUGAUGAAAUUAAAGUGGCUCACCUUCUAAA